UUUACCACAACCGAGUUUCAAACAAAAUGAAGUGCAUUAUUUUGUUCAGCGCGAUCGUAAUUUUAGCAACGCUUGCAAUUGAUACCAGUUACAGUUCUGCUGCGACUUCUAAGCCUUUUGUACGCAGUCGUUAUAGCAAACGUUGGCGAAUCGUAUUGACCACCGAAUCAAAUGCUAGCAACAACACUUUAACCACAGAUCCUCAGAAUGCUUUCGCAGCUGGUAUGAAAUUCGGAGAAACGACUACAGUGAACAACGUUGCAAUCGUUGGCGAUACUACGACCAUUGGACACCCUGUAGAGGUGCCCAGUACAAAGUCAAUUGAUUCAAAGAGUACGCUUUUAAGGGGUCCACAUAGCACCACAACCGAACAUCCUAGACACCAUGGGCCAAAUGGUUUGCCAUUAGACUACGACUACUAUAGUAAUGGUAGUGAAAAUGAGGAGGAACCAGGACAUAAAUAAGCUGUAAAAACCGGUUUAUAUAAAUUGAGUGAAAAGUGUUGAUUCAAUAUUUAAA